CAGCAGCAAGCCGCGAUCAUGGCUUCGGUGGCGCAGGGUGGCUACCUGAACCCCAUGGCAGCCUUUGCUGCAGCCCAGAUGCAGCAGAUGGCGGCCCUGAACAUGAACGGCCUGGCAGCUGCCCCCAUGACUCCAACCUCAGGUGGAAGCACGCCUCCUGGCAUAACUGCACCAGCUGUGCCUAGCAUCCCAUCUCCCAUUGGGGUGAAUGGUUUCACUGGCCUCCCGCCGCAGGCUAACGGGCAGCCCGCCGCAGAAGCCGUGUUUGCGAAUGGCAUACACCCUUACCCAGCACAGAGCCCCACUGCAGCAGACCCCUUGCAGCAAGCCUACGCUGGAGUGCAGCAGUACGCAGGUCCUGCUUAUCCUGCUGCCUAUGGCCAGAUUAGCCAAGCGUUCCCACAGCCACCUCCCAUGAUACCACAGCAACAGAGAGAAGGUGAGUGAGUGGUCUGUUGUUUUUGCUGCACCCAGCAUGCCACCCAUGGUUCCCCUCCUCAUGCACCUAA